UCUACCGCUAGAGGGCAGAAAAGUGGGCAGUCCCUGAUGAGAGGAGGUUCCAUCAUGUCUGCUUCACAUCUCUUUGUAGAUUGUGUCAGAAAACCACGCUGCUUUAACACACGCUUUCAGACACCGUGGACUCCUCGUGUCUGAGUCCGGCCUGAGCGUCAGUCAGAGCCCGUCCCGGAUCGCGGGGGACAAACAGCGGAAAGGGGGCAGCUUAACGGAAGAAGAAGAAAGAGGAAGCAACCGCAGAUGUCAUCGGUUAAGAAGAGAAACUCCAACUCCUCCGGAGGCCGGGAGGAGGACCGGCAGGUGACCGAGAGGAUGCUGUCCGCCGGCUCCAGUCCAGCCGGAACCCCGGGAAGCGACGCCCGGAGUCCCAGCAGCCUCCUGCCGGCGGACGCAGCGGAGGACGGGGUCGCCCUGAAGCGGACCAUCACCCUCAUGAACGGCGUGGCUAUCAUCGUGGGCACAAUCAUCGGCUCGGGUAUCUUCGUGACGCCAACCGGCGUGUUUCGGGAAGCGGGCUCGGUGGGUCUGUCCCUGAUCGUGUGGGCGGUGUGCGGGGUGUUCUCCACGGUGGGAGCGCUGUGCUACGCAGAGCUGGGAACCACCAUCAGCAAGUCCGGGGGGGACUACGCCUACAUCCUGGAGGUGUACGGCUCCCUGCUGGCGUUCCUCAAGCUUUGGAUCGAGCUGCUCAUCAUCCGGCCCUCCUCCCAGUACAUCGUCGCCUACGUGUUCGCGACCUACCUGCUGAAGCCCAUUUUCCCGGUGUGCCCGGUACCGGAGCAAGGGGCCAAGCUGGUGGCCUGCCUCUGCAUCCUCUUGCUGACCUUCGUGAACUGCUACAGCGUGAAAGCGGCCACCAGGGUGCAGGACAUCUUUGCUGCCGCCAAACUCCUGGCGCUCACCCUCAUCAUCAUCAUCGGCUUCGUCAAGAUCGGCCAAGGUACGUCGCUCGAGACGCAAAUCCACACAACUUCCUGUGUGUGGUGGGCUUUUCCUUUUCUUUCCUUUCCAAAAAACUAUUUAGUAUCUUUUAAUACCUGUGACAAAACUGACAAUACAGUUUACAGCAGUUAGCAAUUAUUACUAAAAACUAACUUGAACUUUUAUCGCAUCGUCUUA